UUUAGAUCAUAGAGACAGGUUAAGGGUCUGUAGCCGUGCACCUCCGAGUCCGUGCAGCGUGCAAGGGUGCACUAAUCAGCUGAUUGAUUUGACCUUGAUAUUGAAGUUUGUAGUGAAGACAGGAGUGCUAAGAAUAUGUCCCUACGUACACCAAAAACAACGUAUAUAUUUUGUUCAAAUAUUACAUAAAUCAAAUUUUAGCACGUCUGUGCAAUGUAGUGUGUAGCGUAACUUUGAGUGUAAUAGCGAAAUUUUAACUAAGUCGUGCAACAUAGCUUUCUUGAGCACUAGAACUGUUCUGACGCUAUUUAUUGGUUAUAAUGAGUUUUACGAGAUUUAUUUGGAAUCUCGGAUCAAAAAACAAUUUUGUAACCCAUAUAAGACAUGUUUCUUGUUGGUCGUGCGGAAAAAAUAACUCAAGUUUGCUCUCUAACCUUUUUUGUUCGCACUGCAAAGCAUUGCAGAAGCCUGACAAAUCGGAAAAUUAUUUUAGAAUUCUUGGUGUAAAGGAAACGUACGAUAUAGAUGAUACUGAAUUAGCUAAGAAGUAUAAAGAUUUGCAGAAAUAUUUACAUCCAGACAAAUAUGCAAAUAGGCGUCAAGAAGAACAAGAAAUAUCUGCUCAAUAUUCAACAAUAGUAAAUGAUGCAUAUAAAACUUUAUUAGAGCCACUGGCAAGAGGUGUCUAUAUGCUGCGUCUAAGAGGAAAGGAAAUACCCGAAAACACAGAAGCUGAUCAAGAAUUUUUAAUGACAAUUAUGGAAAAGAAUGAGGAAGUUGAGGAAGCUAGAACAGAAGAAGACAUAUUGAAGCUAAAUAGGGAAAAUAAAGCGGUCAUAAAGGAUUUACAAAAGAAAUUGUCUAUAGCUUUCUUUGACGGAGAUCUCAAGAGAGUGACAAAAUUACUGACUUAUAUGAAGUAUUAUACAAUGAAUGCUCAAUAUCCAUUCUCGCGCGUACUAAACGGAUCGCCUACAACAAUAAAACAGUAUCCUAUUUUAGCCCAACUGUUGUUGGACGCAUGGGGCAACCAACAGUUCGUUCAACACUGUGCUGGUGUCAUACUAACGUCUCGGCAUUUGAUAUCUGCAGCACAUUGUUUUCAGUACAAUCGAGAUACGGGAAGAAAUUAUUCGAUACCGCAGUAUUGGAAAGUUCGUGUCGGUUCAACCUACCGUACCAAAGGAGGAGUUUUGCACAAGAUAAAAUCCAUCAUUCCACACUAUGGAUUUGAUAAACUCUACUAUACGAAUGACAUAGCCGUAGUGGUAGUAGCUAAAAAGUUUUCUAUAGGCAAUUUAGUAAGACAGGGCACGAUCAUUAAACCAGCCAGUGAACUCGUACCCAAUUCUGUUUGCACAUUAGCUGGAUGGGGUUCUACUGAGAAGGACGGUCCGCAACCUGAUCAACUUCAGCAUACUAUGAUGUCCAUAAUUAAUCAAGGAUACUGCAAAUCACAAUAUCAAACUAUCGGAGCUAUUAUAGCUGAUUCGAUGUUAUGUGCAGGUCGGAUGGACAUAGACGGUGUUGACGGGUGCUUCGGUGAUUCAGGAGGGCCCUUAAUUUAUAAAGGCGUUGUGGUUGGCCUCGUGUCAUUUGGAUAUGCCUGUGGACUAAAGUUAUAUCCUGGAGUUUAUACAAAAGUAUCACAUUAUACAGAUUGGAUAGUAAAAACAAUAUCUAGUAAUAAAUGAUCUAUUUAAGCCUGAAAUUAAUUCAGCAAAAAAGGGGUAUAGGGUAUAUAAGGUUUAUAGCCCGGUUCUUGAUUCCUACUCACAAAAAUCUAAAUGGUUAACUAAAAUAAACUGUAAUAGAACAAAUUAAGAUAAUAGCUUACAUAUAUCAUAUGUUAG